AGAGGAAGUGCCGGACCAGGCUGGCCCAGCUCAGGGUGCACCCAGACUCUCCUGGGCCGGCUGAGCGCGGUCGGUUCCGGGUCCGGUGACUCGUGACAAGCGUCGCCGAGUGCUCAGAGAGGAAGGAUCUGCCCUGACAGCGUGGUGGAAGAUUUCUGGUGCCCAUGGCGGGCGAGGGAUUCAGGCAGCUGGGGACGACAGCCACCCCGGCGCCCGAGACCCGAGAGCACCUCUUCAAGGUGCUGGUCAUCGGCGAGCUCGGCGUGGGCAAGACCAGCAUCAUCAAGCGCUAUGUGCACCAGCUCUUCUCCCAGAACUACCGGGCCACCAUCGGGGUGGACUUCGCCCUCAAGGUCCUCAACUGGGACAGCAGGACGCUAGUGCGCCUGCAACUGUGGGACAUCGCGGGGCAGGAGCGGUUUGGGAACAUGACCCGAGUGUACUACAAGGAAGCUCUUGGAGCAUUUGUUGUCUUUGAUCUCUCAAGAGGUUCCACAUUUGAGGCAGUCUUAAAAUGGAAAAGUGAUCUGGAUAGUAAGGUCCAUCUCCCCAAUGGCAGCCCCAUUCCUGCUGUCCUCCUAGCUAACAAAUGUGACCAGAAGAAGGAUGGCGCCCAAAGUCCUUCCCAGAUGGACCAAUUCUGUAAAGACCAUGGCUUCAUUGGAUGGUUUGAAACCUCUGCCAAGGAUAAUAUAAACAUCGACGAGGCCACCCGGUUCCUAGUGGAAAACAUCCUUGCAAACCAGCAGAACUUUCCCAGUGAAGAAAACGACAUGGACAAAAUUAAACUGACUGAUGAGCCCCUCCCAACAAAGGCCAGGUCCCAGUGCUGCUGAUGUGUUCUGCACUGGCUGCACUUUCUCCUUGGUCCUGCGUGUGUCUGAGGAUACUCACCAUGUCACUGUCCCCGGUGAAUCUUCCCUCAGGCGUGCUUCCAUCGGGCCGCACAGGACCAGCUCAUGGAGGGAGAUCGUGGAGAACUGUUCCCACUAGAGGCCCUGUGACUUACCAGAUGAACCCUAGGCACUUUCUGUACUGCCAAAUACAGACUAAUGUUUACAUCCUUUGAAACAUUAUUGGACAUGAAUUUCAAGUGUUAGCUUUUAGUGUAAGUACUGAAGUAGUAGAAAAACUUCCCCACAGUGUUCCUGACAUUUUGAGUGUCUUUGUUCCUGUGUUUAUUCUCAUCUAACUCCAUUUUUAAGAAACAAUUUUUUUUUCUGUUAGCUAUGCAGAAUUGAAGAUCCCAUGCAGUUAUUUCCUAGUCAAAACUUUGUACUUCGUAUAAACUUUUUGUCCUUAAAUACCAUGAGUUUAAGCUGGGCUGGGUGGUGGUGGUGCUUGCCUUUAAUCUCAGCACUAGGGAGGCAGAGGUAGGCUGAUGUUUUUGAGUUCGAGGCCAACAUGAUCUACAAAGCAAAUUCUUGGACAGCUAGGACAGUUACACAGGGAAACCCUGUCUCGAAAAACAAACAAGCAAGCAAAAAAAGUGAUGUUCUGAAACAUCUUGAGAUUCCCUUUCCUAACUAAUCAAAAAGUACUGAGCUGGCAGUGUGGCCCAAUGAGAGAGUGCUUGCUUAGAAUGUUACAGACCCUAGGUCUGCAAGGUAGAAAGUGCUUGCACCAUGCCUGCAUUAUGGGCAUCUCCCUCUGGAUGCCCUCAGGUAUACUUGUCACUACCACUUGGAAACAAUAUAAACAAACAUUCCUUCUCUGCCCUCCAUUCUGUGUUAGAGCCUAGAGGUACGGAAGGCCCAGCCAUAGGAAGUGGAACUUGCCUUUCCAGAUUUCUCAUGGUCAAGGGGAGAGUUUUUUCCAAAAUGUAUGCAGUUAUAUCCAAGUUUCUCGAGUAUGAAACCUGAAAGAAGGUAAACCGUGUGUAUAUCGUUUUUUUGUCUGUGGUUCCAGACACCGACUGUAUAAUGCCUAAGACGAUUUAGGCAGAUCUACAAUAUUUGAGUUGCACUUAACUCAGUGAAAAUAAAGAUUAAAUAUUUUAACCUAAGCCUGUAAGUUGAAUGAAUAUGUUUCUAGAAAGGCACUUUAGAAAAUGUUGUGUUUGACUGGGAUGUUGGCCUACAUCUGUAAUCCUAGCAUGCAGGAGACAGAGGCAAAUGUGUAGAAGUUCAAGGCAUCUAUUGACUACAUAGCAAGCUCAAGGACAGCCUGGACUACACAAGAUCCUUUCUCCAAAAGGAAUAAACUUUUCUUAAAACAUUGA